CCCACAAAUGUAAAGUAGUCACAAAUCGUUUUUAUGUUUAAGCAAUUUGUUUGGUAGAAAGGUCCUUAUUAUUGUUCACAAAACAGUGUUAAAACCGUUUUAAAAUAAAAAAAUAUACUUUGGAACUUAAAAUUCUGAUUACCAUUUUGAAUUAAAACUUAAAUAAAAAUAACCAUAAUGCCAUCUGUGGACAAUACAGAGGAAGUCUCUGCACCGCAGGUGCCUAAAACAGAGCUAGAAGAGUUGCAAAUAAAAGCUAAUAGUGUUGCUGAUGAUUCAUUGGAAAGUACACGUCGUAUGUUGGCGCUAUGUGAAGAGAGCAAGGAAGCAGGGAUUCGAACCCUUGUAGCUCUCGAUGAUCAGGGAG